CAGACCAUAUCUAAUCCCGUUUCAUUGGCUUACCUUCUUUUUCGAAAUCCAAGAAAACAAACCAAAAGGAAAGGCUAGCAAAAUCAGUUGAUAGUUGAUACUCUGAAAAGAGAGAGAAAGAUUUCAAUGGCGUUUCCUGCAGUCAAUACAGAGUACCUUAAGGAGAUCGAGAAAGCUCGUCGCGACCUACGCGCUCUUAUCGCCUCCAAGAACUGCGCUCCUAUCAUGCUUCGCUUAGCGUGGCACGACGCGGGGACGUACGAUGUCAACACCAAGACCGGUGGACCAAAUGGCUCCAUAAGGAAUGAAGAAGAGUACACUCAUGGCUCCAAUAGCGGCUUGAAAAUCGCUAUUGAUUUUUGUGAGGAAGUGAAGGCUAAACAUCCUAAGAUCACGUAUGCAGACCUAUAUCAGCUUGCGGGUGUUGUUGCGGUUGAAGUCACUGGAGGUCCGACUAUUGACUUUGUACCGGGCAGAAAGGAUUCAAACAGUUGUCCCAGGGAAGGGCGACUUCCAGAUGCUAAAAAAGGUGCACCUCAUCUGAGGGAUAUCUUUUAUCGAAUGGGUCUAUCUGACAAGGAUAUUGUGGCAUUAUCUGGUGGUCACACUCUGGGAAGGGCUCAUCCAGAGAGAUCAGGUUUUGAUGGCCCUUGGACCAAUGAACCACUGAAGUUCGAUAACUCAUACUUUGUGGAGCUGCUAAAAGGGGAAUCAGAAGGGCUAUUGAAACUUCCAACAGACAAGGCUUUGUUGGAUGACCCUGAGUUCUGCCAUUAUGUAGAGCUCUAUGCAAAGGAUGAGGAUGCAUUCUUCAGAGAUUAUGUAGAAUCACAUAAGAAACUUUCAGAACUUGGGUUCACUCCUAGUUCCUCUCGCUCCAAGCUAAUUGUGAAGGACAGCACCGUAUUGGCACAGAGUGCUGUUGGGGUUGCAGUUGCUGCUGCCGUGGUGAUCCUCAGCUACUUUUAUGAAGUCCGCAAAAGAAUGAAGUGAAGCUAGAUUACUCGGGGUCUUUGUAGAACAAAACAUGGAUUCUCCCUUAUUAAUUAGCACAACUUGGUCCGCUCAUCUGGCUAGCUAUGUAGUAGUUGUUUCUCUGACAUGAUAUCCCCUCCUGCAGGCCGCAUUCAUUGCCAUCUAGACAUAUUGGUAAUUAGAAAAAGAUGAACACACCGAGGUCCUCCCAUCCGAAGUGAAUAACAAACACAUGGAUAAUGCUUCAGAGCAACUUAAAUCUAUGACAUUUUCUGAUACAAAAAUCCUUUCUCUUGUACUUUGGCAUAAUGAAGUUGGAGAUUGCUCUAUUAGUACAUGUUUUAGUUUUUAAUGCUGUA